AUGCCUGCUGCUAGGCUAUCUAUUGAACAAGACGUUGGCGAUGUCUCUAGGGACGACAUCGCCGCCACUGGGAUGCACACGCCAGUCUCUGAUGCCGAAAACGCUGUUGAGGAUAGCGCUCAGUACGACCUACCCUCCUUUCUAAGCGCCUCCACCUCCCGAGUCCGGCGUCGAUCCGAGCUUGCAUUCGCGCGCAAUGGCAAAGAACGCGUGCGCGACGAGCACACGCAUACGUUCGAGCUCCCGGCGCUCUCGCCUGACGCGAUCGCGCGUUCAAGGCAAAUGCCGCCUCAAACUCAGAUCGAGCUGCUCGAACAGGAAGACCAGUACAAGGAGGACCUGUCAGCGGGUCCAAGCUCUCUCGUCCCAUCCCUACGCUAUGCGCCCUCGCGUACAGAAGGUGAAGGCGCCUCCUAUCCACCGAGUGUACACGUUGCUGUCGCGCGCACGCCUGCGCAUCGCCGUAUCGCCCGCUUGCAAUUUGCUACAUUCUGCUUCUCUUUCUUCCUUGAGGGCUGGAACGAUGGAUCAACCGGACCGCUCCUACCUACGAUUCAAGCCUUCUAUGGGCUCAACUACGCCGUAGUCAGCAUGGUGUUCAUCCUGAACGCGGUCGGUUUCAUCCUAGGUGCUGCGACACUAGUCUUGCUUGUCGAGCGGUUUGGCAUGGGAAAGGUUGCCUCUUUUGGCGCUUUUGUCCAGCUGAUCGCGUACGCGAUGCAGGUUCCUGCUGGACCCUUCCCCGAAUUUGCUGUGAGCUUCACCCUGGCGGGCUUUGGUCUCUGCAUGCAGAACGCCCUUGGGAAUGCAUUCGUUGGUGGUCAAGCUGAGAAUACAGCUACCAUGCUCGGAUUACUACACGGCGCAUACGGCCUGGGCGCAUUCGCUGCGCCACUGCUUGCAACACACUUCUCUACCCAGACUCACUGGUCGUAUCAUUACAUCACUAGCCUGGUGCUCGCCGCAGUCAACUUCACACUCCUAACCGCCGUUUUCCGCUUCAAGACCCAGGAAGCAGCGAUGCAGGAAGCAGGUUACGAGCCCGCACCUGCGGAAGCAAACCGCGGUAGCCAGUACGGUGCAAUUCUCAGCAUCCGGGCGGUCUACUUCCUCGCCGCUUUUGUGCUCAUCUAUGUCGGCGUUGAGGUCACACUUGGCGGGUGGAUCGUGACCUUCAUCAUUCGCGAGCGCGCCGGUGGUCCGAGCUCGGGUUACAUCUCCUCGGGGUUCUUUGGCGGUCUCACGGUUGGUCGGGUCACACUCCUCUGGCUCAAUAAGCGUAUUGGAGAGACCCGCGCGCUUACGAUAUAUGCCAUCCUCUGCAUCGCACUCGAGGUGACGGUGUGGGCCGUACCCAGCUUGAUCGAGAAUGCUAUCGCCGUCAGCAUGAUCGGCCUGCUCAUGGGCCCCAUGUACCCCAUUAUGGUCGGCCACACGUCGAAGAUCCUCCCCCGAUUCGUGCUCAACGCUGCCCUGGGGCUCAUCAAUGGCCUCGGGCAGACAGGUAGCGCACUCCUCCCAUUCCUCACGGGUGUGCUUGCCAGCAAAUUCGGUAUCACUAGUCUGCAACCUCUGGUUGUAUCUAUGAUGGCCUUGAUGACUGUCAUCUGGUUUGCCAUCCCCAAAGGGCACCGGCGUCAAGAGUGA